AUGAAAAAAAUGCUUUCAAGUCCAUGUCCCCAGAAUAAAACUUGGAGAUUUAUAUGCUAUAAACAAUUUAUUCACUGGAUAAACUCAUGGUCUGCAAUAGGCAAAGGUAAUCGAAUAUGUAUUCCAGCAUGUGUAGUGAAAGCGAUUCGAAAAAAAUAUCCAGAAAAUAAUGGAAAUUACGUGGGCUUCAAAGAAAACAACAAACUCCCAGAGUAA